AUGUCCGUCCUCCCAAAACACCCAAACACCUCCCACUGCGACCCAGUCUCAGUCUGGAACCUCUUCACAAAAAACGACUGGGACGUACAAUGGAUCUUCCGAUACGGCCCCACCCAGCUCUCGCAUUAUCACUCCCAAGCACAUGAGUGCAUGGCCGUCCUCUCCGGCACAGCCAAAAUCCGCUUCGGCGUAGCUGAUACCUCACCAGAUAUGCACGAGAACACAUACGGUUCAGCCCGGGAAGAUGGAGGUGUCGUAUUACAUGCUGAAGCUGGGGAUGUCUUUGUCAUUCCGGCUGGUGUUGCGCAUAAGACACAUGAUACCAAGCCUGAUGCUGAAUUUGCGUUGUUAUCGCCUGGGAAGGGACAUGGUAUUGAGGCUGAGGAUCCGGUUGAGGCGUUGUCGAGGGUUCGGCUUGAGGGGUUUACGAUGAUGGGUGCUUAUUGCGGGGGAGAGUGGGAUUUUGUUGCGAUGGGAGGUGAGUUUGAGAAGGUGUGGAGUGUUCCGAAACCGAAAUUUGAUCCUGUUUUUGGGGGUUCGGAGAAUGGGCUAAGGGGGAGGUGGCAGGGGAGUGGAAUGGUGGCUAAAGCUCGUCUUUGA